GUCCCCUGCACAGCAGAACCCAGACCACACCAAGGCUAAGCUGAUCUCCCGCAUGGCCAAGAUGGGUCAGCCGAUGCUCCCCUUCAUCACGGGGGCCCUGUCCUCCCAGCCGGACUCCAGCGACUCUGAGAUAGAGGACCCCAGUGUGCCCAGAAUGAGGAACCAGCCCCCUGCUGUAGCCCCGCAGCCUGUCCAUAUGGCAGCCCACCCAGUUGCCACGCAAGUGCCUCAGCAGCUCCAAUCUGGGCUCCCAGCAUCCUCUACUGCCCUGCUGCCCGUUUCCAUGACCACCGCACAUCCCCAGCCAGUCAUGCCAGGCUCUGCCCACGCGUUCCAGCCCUACUCUUACCCGCAGACCACUGUGUCCACCUCCCAGCUUCAGCCAGUCGGACAGAUGUACCCAGCUCAGCCGAUGCCUUACCAAGGUACAGCGCUCUCAUUCUCUCAGCAUCUCUGCUAAUCAAGGUACAGCACUCUCUUUCAACAUCUCCGCUA